GUGAGGGAAGGAGUGGAGAGACAGCAUCAGCAACGGACGAACCAGCAAGUGCACAUCUCUGCAUUCAAAUUAUGUUACUCUUCGCUUUCUCUGAUAUUUAAGUAUCGUGUUCCUGGACAUUGAAUGGCGCUGGUCACAGUACAGCGGUCGCCAACUCCCAGCACUACAUCUAGCCCCUGUGUGUCGGAAGCAGACAGCGGAGACGAUGACCGUCGUGCUCAGCCCAGAAGUCUGUCUCUGUCUCUGUCUGUCACCUGGGCGGUGCGUCUGGAGAGUGCCUAUCUCCAGUGCACACGCUACAUGGUGGUGGUGUCCACCAACGGUCGGCAGGACACCGAGGAGAGUGUCGUGCUGGGCAUGGACUUCAGCUCCUCAGACCGUGUAUGCACUGUUGGGCUGGUGCUGCCUCUAUGGAGUGACACUCUGAUACACUUGGAUGGUGAUGGUGGGUUUAGUGUGUCCACUGUCAACAGGGUCCAUGUCUUCAAGCCAGUCUCUGUCCAGGCCAUGUGGGCGGCGUUGCAGUCCUUACACAAGGCGUGCGAGGUGGCACGCUGUCACAACUACUACCCGGGCAGCCUCUUCCUGACCUGGGUCAGCUACUACCACAGCCGCGUGGCCUCGGACCAGGUCUGCAUCAACGAGUGGAACGCCAUGCAGGACGUGCAGUCGCACCGCGCCGACUCCCCCGUGCUCUUCGCCGACGUGCCCACGGAGCGGGAACGCACAGAGCGCCUGAUCAAAAUGCGCCUCCGAGAGAUCAUGAUGCAGAUGGACCUGGAGAAUGUCACCUCCAAACAGAUCCGCACAGAGCUGGAGAUGCAGAUGACGUGUAACCUCCGUGAGUUCAAAGAGUUUAUCGACAACGAGAUGAUAGUCAUCCUGGGCCAGAUGGACAGCCCCACUGAGAUCUUUGACCACGUGUUCCUGGGUUCUGAGUGGAACGCGUCUAAUCUGGAGGAACUGCAGAACAGUGGGGUCCGCUACAUCCUGAACGUGACAAGGGAGAUUGAUAACUUCUUUCCUGGCCUGUUUGAGUACCACAACAUCCGUGUGUACGACGAGGAGGCUACCAACCUCUUAGAAUACUGGAACGAUACCUUCAAGUUCAUCUCGAAGGCCAAGAAAGCCGGAGCCAAGUGCCUAGUCCACUGCAAGAUGGGCGUGAGCCGCUCGGCCUCCACGGUCAUCGCCUAUGCCAUGAAGGAGUACGGCUGGGACCUGGAGCGCGCUUUCGACUACGUGAAAGAGCGGCGCGCUGUCACCAAGCCCAACCCCUCCUUCAUGAAGCAGCUAGAGGAGUACCAGGGCAUCCUCUUGGCCAGCAAGCAACGGCACAACAAGCUGUGGCGUUCCCACUCGGACGGCGACCUGUCCGAACCACUGGUCAAAUCCCAGCACCACGCACUGGAUCACUCGGACCCCCUCAACAACAACGGCCCGGCCUCCCUGCAGCACUUCCUGGGCAUGGCUGUGCUACAGGCCCUGGGCGCCGAGCCGCAGCCCCAGCAGGAGCAACUCGCAGACAGGGACGGUGUCCGCACACGCAGCCCCUCGCCGCCCACAUCCAACGGCCUGUGCGACUCCGAGGAGCACCUGGCCACCUCCUCCUCCGUCUCCUCGUCCACCUCCCACCCGGUGUCCUCCUCCUCCUCCCCUCCUCCUCCUCCUCCUCCGCCCGGGAGAAGUUCCUGGGACUGUCGCAGGACGGCAUCCCGACCCGGCCUGAGCCCUCCAGCUCCCCAAGGGCCGGUCAGUGCCGCUGGCCCAGCCAGGAACUGCCGCAACAGCCACAGGACGAGCAAGAGCAGGAGCACAGCCCAGCUCCAUCAGACAACAGCCAGAGAAAGGGUUCUCCUCAGCCCGAAGAUGGCUGUAGCCCUGUCGGUGACCUCCACCCGGAUAACGGCGUGUCGGUCCGGCACAUGGUCACGGAGCUGGAGUCCAUCUCCCACAUCCACCUCCCCCACCAGCAGCAACCAGCACCAUGCAACCCCCAGCAGCCACCCCUACACAGCCCUGACAGUGCCCCCGAGCUGCCCUCCACGCCCUCUCCACCUCCCACUUCUCUCCAACCUCCCUCCCCCCCCCACCCCCACGCGCAACUGGGCCACCGGAUCGGUGCGCCGCGUCCGCAAGCAGCUGGAGCAGAGGCUCCGUCAGCAGGAACUGGACUGCCCCGUGCCGGCCUGUGCUCCAGCACCCGUCCCUUCCUCUCCUCCUCCGACGUCCUGCUCCCCACAGCCCGCACCGUCGUCGUCCUCCUCCUCCUCCUCCUCCUCCUCCCUCGGGCCCGAGCACUGCACCGCCUCACCCCAGCCAGGCGCUGCCGCCCUGGACGAGGCCUGCACCGAGCCAGAGGAGGCCCACUGCAGCGACGCUGCGCCUGUGGAAGAGCAGGAUGAGAGACUCCCACUUGAUUUGGAGUCUGGUGCUCUCCCUGAGCCUCCUUUAAUACCAUCCCCACCCCCACCACCACUAUCUUCCUUCCCUGCAUGCCCAGAGAGUGGCACCCACACCCACCUCCCCACGCCCCCAGCCCUAGAGUCGGGCGUCCAGCCUGGCCUGCUGUGGCUGGAGGGUGUGACGGAGAUGGAGACGGACACCGAUGGGCCGAGCUCGGUCCCAGCCCAGGCACCACGGCCGUACAGUCGUCUGGCGCGCAGCAGCGAGGACCUGGAGAAGAUCCAGCAGACGCUGCGGGAGCUGCAGGCGUUCCUGUACGAGGCCGGAGGGGCGCGGGGCCCCGAGGCGGAGCCCGGCCAGGGCUCCUCGGAGCAGGAAGAGGAGAGGCCGACGCAGCAGCAGGGAGAGGAGCUUGGCUCGGCGCCGACCAAGAUGGACAGUCGCUCCUCGGAGGCCCGCGGGCCGGCCGUGUGGCAGCGCGCCAUGGAGAUCGAGGCGCGCAUCCGGCAGGCGGGCCUCACGCCGCCCUCGCUCAUGAAGCGCUCGGCCUCUCUGGCCAAGCUGGACUGCCUGGAGCUGUCCACCCAUGACCUCAGCAGCUGGGACUUCCACGCUGGCGCCUGCCCCGCCCCCUCCUCGGACUCUCAUCUGCAGCAGCAGCUGUCCCCCCAGGUGCCCUCGCCGUCCCUCUCCUCGUCGCCGGUCCACCCCGUGCACGACGACGCCUACAAGAAGCAGCGCGUGCUGCACCAAAGCCCCCCCAGUAACCCCCGGCCUGGACUCUGCGUCCAGGAGGAUGUGGGCAGGACUGCCGUGAGCCCCUCUGGCCCUCCCUCCCCGCACCCCUGCUCACAGCACAGGUCCAAGGGCCGCCCCUCGGCUCCGGACCACGGCCACUCCCACCCGCAGCCCUCCCUGCACGGGAAGCCACACCCACUGCGGCGCCUGCGUAAGGCGGCGGAUAAAAAGCGGACGGUGACUGUGCUGUACAACACCAUGUGACCCUCACCUGAGGCCCCAGAGACUGCACUAGGGGCCUAGCUGUGUGUAGAGAUGUGUGUGUGUGUGUGUGUACAUGGGUUAUACAUGGGUUGUAUAUAUGCAAGUGUGUGUGCGUGGAAGGAUGGAUGUGUGUGUGUGUGUGUGUGUGUACAUGGGUUAUACAUGGGUUGUAUAUAUGCAAGUGUGUGUGUGUGCGUGGAUGGAUGGAUGUGUGUGAAAGUGUGGUGUCGGACUGUUUCAAAUUCAAUCUCUGGAUCAGUGUGGACUGUAGCUGUUUUUUUUAUCUGUUUUUUUAUCUGGUUUUAUCAAUUUGUUAUGUGUGUGUGUGUUGAACAGAAGGUGGUGUCCCAGUGAAAUGAAAAUGAGGCUGUUUUUAUCAUGCACUUUAUUCUUUCCUUUUUUUUUUUUUUUUUUUUUUUUUUUUUGUUGUAUAGGUUAU